UUCUGCUCUCCUUUCAUUUGAUCUAAAAGCCCAAGGUUACAUAAAACUGACAUGAAUGAGUAACGUGAAUGGUCCAAUAAGGUGGAAAAAUAAAACCACCCAUUAUGCGUGGAAGCAUAUUUGUCUGCUUUUUACCACCCUUUUUUAAAGAAAGCCCAUAAGAAUUCAAUGAAACGUUUUGAGACAGCAGCUGACAAUGAACCAGGCAAAGGCAUUUUAAUCUGUCAGUGUUUCAACAAGCAAUCCAAGUUUGAGCGCAUUCAUGCUCAAUACCCUCUCAAAUUCAUCCCAACCACAGGACAUGCUGAUCGAUUAGCUGUUGUCUACAUGCUCAGUUAUGGUGGUGGUGUUAUUAGUGGCGACACAUUCGAUGUGGAAGUCAAAGUGAAACAAGAUGCCAUAUUGCUUCUCAUGACACAGGGCAAUACCAAGAUCUUUAAAGAUCGCGUUCAUCAACGUUUAUGGUUGUCCUCGCUUCAACAAGAGCAAGAAGGCGGCUUAUCCGCUGGAUCCAUUGUGAAGCAUCUUGCCAACUGGGUGCCUGAAAAGCUCCGUAGCCUGAUACACCCGGCACCUGCUGAAGUAGCCCCUUCCGUUCAACUGAUCCAUUAUACUGUCGAACCCCAUGCUUCUCUCUUUGUUAUCCCUGAUCCCGUCACUUGUUUCCGCCAUUCUUCAUUCCAAUCACGUCAGGAGAUCCACUUGGCCGACGAUUCCUCCGAGCUGAUAUUGUUGGAUUGGUUUACGAGUGGUCGUAUAACACGAGGUGAAAGCUGGUCUUUUCGUCAUUAUUCAAGUCGCAUCCAUGUGCAUCUUGGGUCACGACUCGUCAUCAAAGAUGCAAUGGUGUUGGAAGAUGAGGCCUAUAUGAAGGAACUGCAAGAACAACAACAGCCACAACAGCAUUCGGAUGAAACGGCCUAUGCAUCUCGCUUGAAUCCCUACCUUUGUUUUGCUACCUUAAUCAUGAUUGCAUCACAGCAGCAGCAGCAGCAGCAGCAGCAGCAAGACGAUGUGUCGGAAGAGCAAAAGAACAGUAAAGCUUUGAUGGAUGCCGUAGGUUCGAUACAGAAAAAGUCGGAAGAAAUGAGACUGCUGCCAAACUCUCUAAAAUCAGCACAAGACAGAGAAGUGCUGUGGUCCGUAAGCCCUGUGUUGAAAGGAAGGGGUGUGCUUGUACGUAUUGCUGGUAUUCAUUCAGAAAAAGUAAAAGAUUUUGUAAAGCAGGAAUGUCUCGGCAAAGGUCUAGAGCAAAUUGUAGGCGAUGGCAUGUUUAAGAAAAUAUUGAUGUAGACCCCCUUUUUCUCUAAAAAUAAAAAAGCCAAA